AUGCAUCUACCGAAGACCACAGGUGGCUUCGCGCUUCCGCACUCUCCUCCUCGCCAUUCGCGCCGCGCGUUGCUCCGCCAUCGGCGGCAGCGAUGCAUGGUCCUGCUGGUGGUCGCGUGUGUGCUCGUCGUCAUGCUGCUCUUCGUCUCCCUCCACCUGCCGUCUGUAGAUUCACUCCUGCCACGUGGCAAGCAGGCUACUCCUUCGCCCGCGGCCCCUCAAUUUACGCAGAAAUCCAACAGCGUCGCAAACAACGGCUCACAGCCAUCCAUCCGCGUGGCCCUCGCCACUCUCCGCGCCGAUCCGACGUGGCAGCAGCUGCUGGAUCCCGACUCCGCGGUGCGCCAGCUCAGCGACCAGAUCAGCCUGGGGAAGGCGUAUCUGGCACGCGCGCGCGAUGCGGGGGAGAGGGAGUUCGGCGACGAGAUGGAGCGGGGCGUGCGAGCCGCAGAGGCGUUCCUCGCUCGCUCCAUUGCUAUUACGAGCCAAGCAGUGUACAAGCAAGAGGCGCGGGCACACAUAGCGAACAUGAGCGCGCUCAUUCUUCAGGCCAAGGAGAUGCACUAUGACAUAGCGGCGGCAAUGGCAGCGCUCAAGGAGAAAGUGGCCAAGGCAGAAGAGAAGGCAUCCAAGGCAUCAGCGCAGUCCACUCUCGCCUCUCAGGUGGUAUCAGAGUCGAUGCCCAAGCCCAUGACGUGUCUCUACAUGCGGUUGGCCAGGGAGUGGGCUCUGCAGCACUCCUCUGCUGCACACGGAGGAAUGGACGCCGACACACACCCCUUCCAAAUACACCACAGCCUGCCCCCAGGCACAGCCAACAACUCCCGCCUGGUCGACACGUCGCUGCAGCACCUGUGUAUCUUCAGCGAUAAUGUGCUGGCCGUGUCUGCUGCUCUCAACUCCACCGUGCUCUCAUCUCACGACCCCUCGCGCCUGGUCUUCCACAUUGUCACCGACGCCACCUCCUUCCCAGCCUUUGUGGUGUGGUUCUCCCGCCACCCGCCUGGCUCGGCAUCGCUGGAGGUGCGGCGGGUGGAGGGCGAGAGCGGGUGGCUGAACGCGUCCUUUGCGCCCGUGCUCAGGCAGAUGCAGGACGCCCAUGCCAAGAGCUUCUAUUUCUCCGCUGCUGCUGCUGGCGAGGCAAGCGACCCCAUCAAGUUCCGCAAUCCCAAGUACAUGUCGCUGCUCAACCACCUGCGCUUCUACCUGCCCCUCCUCUUCCCCGCACUGCACCGCAUCCUCUUCCUCGACGACGAUGUCAUCGUGCAGAGGGACCUCUCUGCUCUUUAUUCCCUUGACAUGAACGGUGCCGUGAACGGUGCAGUGGAGACGUGCAAGGGGUCCUUCCACCGCUUCCACCGCUACCUCAACUUCUCUGACACUCGGCUGAGAGGACGCUUUGACCCCGAGGGCUGUGCGUGGGCAUAUGGCAUGAACGUGUUCGACCUGGAUGGGUGGCGGCAGGCCAAUGUGACUGCCAUGUAUCACUACUGGCAGGAGCAGAAUGUUGACCAUUCAUUGUGGAAGCUGGGAACGCUUCCGCCAGGCUUGCUGGCCUUCAACGGGCUCACACAUCCCAUCGACCCAUCGUGGCAUGUCCUUGGGCUUGGCUACAAUCCCCAUUUGGACACGACAACUAUUUCGAAGGCAGCGGUUAUACACUGGAAUGGAGAUAUGGCGGGAAGCCAUCCAAUGCCGGCGGACGAGGAGGAAUUUCACGACGCCAUCCACGCAAACGCCAUGCUCAAUGCGGCAGAGGAUUUCAAGCCGUCCGAUUACAGCAACAUCAUCCGACGGUAUUCGCACCUCGGGGCCACGCACCCGAGUAACCCGCUCGCUGUCGCCAAAGCCGGCGAAGAGGAUAAAUCCGCCGGGGGGAAGACGCGCCGGUCGCAGUCCACGGGCGGAGGCGUGAAGAAGGGCAAGGGGUCAUCUGUGGCAUCGACGCUCGGGCGCGCGGCGGCGCGCGUCGGAAGGACGCUGGGCGCGAAGGGCGGGUCGCUGGCCAAGUCCAAGUCUGCCGUGGCGCCCAUUCAGUCCGACGACGAGUCAUCCAAGGUCUCCGAGCAGCCGUCGAUUCCCAUCGUCCUGCAACCCUUCAUGGGAUCGUACGGUUCAGAGAAGCAGUCAGAGGUGACGAAGCAGCUCCAGGAGGAGAAUCGACGGCUGCGGGAGAGGAUCGCGAUGCUGGAGGCUAUUCACGCCGAGGAGGCGGAGGAGGGCGACGACUUGGCGCGCCAUCGCGUGCGAAUGCUCAAGUCGUCAAACCUGCAGCUCGAACACCAGCUGCUUGCCUCCGAAUCCGCUUCACUGACCGCCAAGGCAAUUCGCAACGAGCUGCUGAGCGCAAUGGACCAUCUUCACCGCACCGUCGGCGCGCUGCACGUACGCGCGGGGGAGGACGAGGCGGAAGGGGGUGAGCAGGCGGAAGGGGAGAAGGCGGAAGCGGAAUGCGCGGUUGGCGCGGGCGCGGCUGAGAUGGGGAAUUCGCAGGCGGGAACGCUGGACCAGUCGCUGUUGCCAGCUGCCGCGAUCUCAUUGGACGACGCGCAGCAUGCCGCGGCGCAGGAGGAGAAGGGGAGCGCAGGCGCAGCGGCAGCCGCGGUGGCGAAGGGGGUGAGCAAAGUCGGCGCGGCGCAGCAGCCGCUGACGCGGCGAAACUCGUUCGGGGGCCGCGGCUCCGCCGCCCUCGCUUCCGCCGCCCGCCCCAGCACCCCCACCGGCCGCGGCACCUCGUCGUUCGCUAGCGGCUCGCCACGUGCCACGACCCCGCGCGCCACGUCCUCCGCCGGAAAGGGGAGCGCGUCGCCCACGGUGGGCGCACGGCGCGGUGGCCCGGCGGUGGGCGCGGCGGGGAGCGCGGGGAAGGGGAAGACCGGUGGCGGAAGCUUUAAUGCGCGCGGGUGGGGAGUCGGCCCGGGGAAGCGGAACGGCGCAAACAAUAAAACUGCGGACAAGAAGACCGCCGCAUCCGGCGCCGUGAAUGACGGAGACGGCGGCAUGGAUUUGACCUCUACGGGGAGCCGCAGCGCGAGCCUGAAAGACGGGCCGCUGGUGCUCGACCCCUCUAUAGUCACAUCGUCUGCUGUCUCCACCCCUAUGGGCACGCCGCGCGCGGGGAGCACUCCCGCGGGGAGCCCGUUCGGCGCGCCGCCGGCCGCGGCAGCCACUCCGGCGCCGACGCUUGGCAGCCUGCUGGCCGCGUCGGGCCAGGUGGCGAUCGCGAAGGAGAAACUCGAGGAGCUCGCGAUGUGGAGCAAAGAAGCGCGCGAAAAGGUUCUGAUGCUGCUGCCCGCUCCCGGCGGAAAGAUUGGCGAGCUGCCCAAGGCGGAGGACGCGGAAGCAGCGGGGGAAGCGGGCGGAGCGGAGAAGACGAGCAUGAAGGCGAUGGGCGCGCCGGAGCUGCCGUGCGCGGGGAAUCGAUUCAUGGCGACCAACGAGGACGGCGAUCCCGUCGCGGGGAUCGCGGCGAACCUCUGCCGCUCCAUCGAAGGGUCCGCGCCGCUGCUGGAGUAUGCGCGCGUGCACGAGCUGGAGGGGCGGCUGGCAGACCUCCACCCGCGCCUGCUGGCGCUCUCGUCGCUCCUCGAUCAUGUCGUCUUCCCCAGCCUCCCCGCCGAGACGUCCAGCGCAGUGCUUCAGGAGAUCCGCGUCGCCAUUGCUGACGUGUACGACACCACGCGCGCGCUCUCCGAGCUGGCGGCGCUCGUGCCAGCUGGCGCGCAGCUAUUCGGCGUGGGGACCGGGGAGAGCCUGAUGGUGGCUGCAGCAGCAGCCAGGGCGGAGGAGGGAGGAGGAGGAGGGGGGGAGGGAGAGAUGAUGGAGGCAUCACACGUGAAGCAGAUAGCAAGCGCAGCCAAGGACGCGCUGCAGGCUGUGCUGGGCGACGCACAUGAGAUCGUUUCUGCUGCCGCCACCUCCAUCCAAAAGCGGCGAUUGCAGAUUCUGCUGGCCGUGACCGACUUCGAGAGCGAGCCCACACCCGAGAUGAUGCAGCAGCUCGCAGCCAAGGUCAAGGAGGAGGCAGGCACGCUGAGGCGCUUUGCGGAGUUGCUGCCGCAGGCCUUCUCAGCGGAGGCCAAGGUGGCGGAGGUGUUUGACCCGCUGGAGCGCGAGUUCAAGGAGCGCAUGCAGCUGUCAGGGCAUCAAAACGAUGCUGUCUUCGCAUCGCAUCGCGUCGCCCACACUCGGUUCGUCCCUUACCUUCCCCCUCCCCUCUCCCCUCCCCCCGUUUCCAGUGGCCAGGCGAAACAGCUUCGUGCCAACAUGGCGGAAAAAGCUCCACCCGUCGGAGCGCCUCCGGCUCAAGGCUACCCACCACCACCUGGUGGCUAUCCACCACCUCCUCAGGGAUACCCGCCACCUCCUCAAGGUUACCCGCCUCAGGGUUAUCCCCCUCCGGGUUAUCCUCCCCAGGGAUACCCUCCUCCUCCUCAGGGAUACCCCCCUCCUCCGCAGGGAUAUCCCCCUCCUCCUCAGGGAUAUCCUCCGCAAGGGUAUCCUCCGCAUGGACAUCCCCCUCCCCCACAACAUCAGACAGUCAUUGUGCAGAAGAGAGAUGGCGAUGGUGCUGAUUGCUGCGCUGCUCUGAUGGCUUGCCUUUGCUGUUGUUGCAUGAUGGACAUGCUGUUUUAG